UACGUCAUUUAUUAAGAUUUAUUAAUUAUAAUGAAGUGAUAACAGUAAUUUAAUAUAAUAUUGUGCACAUAACUGUCAAGUUGUCUACUCUAUUUUGUUUGUGACGGGGUUUCUUUUUCGCAUUCACGAAAAUGAAAACAGCAGUGACGGUGUUGCAAGAGCUGAUGAUCAAGUUAGGUCAAUUGCCCAAUUAUGAAUGCAUAUCUCAAUCAGGCCCUCAACAUCAGGCCACAUUUGAAUACCGUUGCACAGCACAUGGGAUUACAGUAACUGGACAGGCACGAUCUAAAAAGGAAGCCAAACAAGAGGCAGCUCGACGUAUGCUUAUGCAACUACACACGCGCGGCAUCCAAGUUCCGCCGCCCUUUGCCUCGCCGCCAUCACCGCCACCUCCUUCGCCGCCCUUGCCCUCAGAUGAUCCUGCUCUGGAAGCUGGCCCAUCACGAGGCCCCUGUGGAACUACCGGAGGCCCGGCUGUGGAUUCGCGCAGCUACGUUGCACUUCUAAAAGAAUUGUGUGAAGAAUAUCGACUAGGUGAGCCGGAAUAUGAGCUGGUGAGCGACACAGGCCCACCGCACCAGCGUCGUUUCACAAUGCGCGCGCGCUUGCGCAUGCACGAGCGACAGGCCACCUCAACUACAAAGAAAGCGGCGCGACAACUUGCCGCGGAAAACUUAUACUCCUAUCUGCGAGAAAACCUCGCAAGACUAACUGGAGAUUUCGUGGAGGAAGAGGCAUUGGCACGCGCUCAUGAGAAGCGAUCUCAGGAGAAGCGCGCAGAGGCGACUUUGCAGCGCUUCGCAGAACGCUGUGAGCCCACGUCCUGGCGUCACGACCUUGGACAGCGCCUCUCCAACUAUCACCUCGGUCUGCUAACACACAUUGAUGAAGAGCAUAGAUCUUUGGGAACGCAGGCAUUGACGGCUACACAGAGCUGUGAAGCGGAGAAGACGCUGGAGUUGGUGUGUAAUGCACUAGGCCUGCGCGUGGAGCGCCCCGAUUUGCCCACCUCUGGACUUACCGUUUACCGCUUGACGCCUACCUCGCCGACGCUCGCCUUUGCCGGUCAUGAACCGAACGCUGCCGCCGCCACUGCGCUGCGCUACCUGCGUCGUAUGCUGCUGGUUCCUGCCUCGGACACAAUCUACUAAACUUUCGAAAACAUUGAUUAUAUUGGUAUUAAUAAU